AUCAGACAGUUUCUGAGCACCAGGUGGCAUUACACGAAUGCAGAACAUAGAGAGGGAAAACCAUACACAGGACAUCUGACAAGUGAAAGUUCUGCAGAGCAACCGGAGACUAAGCAAGGGCUGCCAGCAGGCUAUAACCCAGGAGGCCGUGCCAACUUGCUAGGGUGAAGUAUAGGAAGAAGAGAUGGUGAGGACAGCCCGGGAUGCCCUAGUGACCGCCCUGGAAAACUUGGAGAAGAAGGGACUAAAGAAGUUCAGGAACAAGCUGAAUGACUGGCCAAACAAAGAGGGAACUAGAAAGAUCCCAAGAGGCCAGCUAGAGGACAAAUGCCCUGAUGACGUUGCUAAUAAGAUCAGGGACUUCUACACAUUUCCCUAUGGGAUCGAGGUGGCCUUGGAUGUUCUAGAAGCUAUAGACGAGAAGGAAGUGGCGGCAGGACUCCGUGCAGACCUGAGAAAUGUGGAUGGCUUUGUGUUUGAACAGCAGCAGGAGAGAACUGAUCCUGGAGCGACCUGUAAAGUUACUCCUCCUCUCCCUGAACCCACCAGAGAGCACUUUGUGAUUGAACACCGGGAGGCUCUGAUAAGCCGGAUGUCCCUGGUGGAAUCGGUCCUAGACACACUUCUGCAGAAGAAACUGCUGACAGAUGAACAAUACAACGUUGUCCGCAACAAACCAACUAGUCAGGAGAAGAUGCGAGAGCUCUACAGCCAUGCCAGAUCCUGGGGGAACACCGACAAGGACAUCUUCUAUGAAGCCCUGAAGAAACAUAACGCUCCUCUCAUCCGGGACCUGGAAAGGUCCUAAAGCUUUCCCCGAGUAAUAGUAAUGCAGCUACAGCGUUACCUCCUGAGACCAGCGUCCUGUAUCUGCGGAGAUGUGCGGCGUGUCCCAUCACACUGUACAUUGGUGCCACCUGCGUCAUACACAGACACAGCAUCCGCCCAGAGCUUCAUUCAUGUUCUUGAUGUUUAUCAAAUAUUUUUUUUAUAUGAUUUUUACCAUAAUUUCUUAAUGUAGAGAUCAUUUUAUCCAUGUCUGCUCUUUAGUUUUUAUCUUAUUUUUUAUAAUCAAGCAUUUUAUCAAUUUAUACAAAACUCUGGCCUCACCACACAGCACAUUCCCCCUACAUGUCAUUCCACCUGGAAAUGCUCUAAUGGCCCAUAUCACACAGCACAUUAACCCUACAUGUCAUUCCACCUGGAAAUGCUCUAAUGGCCGAUAUCACACAGCACAUUCCUCCUACAUGUCAUUCCACCUGGAAAUGCUCUAAUGGCCCAUACUACACAGCACAUUCCUCCUACAUGUCAUUCCACCUGGAAAUGCUCUAAUGGCCCAUACCACACAGCACAUUACCCCUACAUGUCAUUCCACCUGGAAAUGCUCUAAUGGCCGAUAUCACACAGCACAUUCCUCCUACAUGUCAUUCCACCUGGAAAUGCUCUAAUGGCCGAUAUCACACAGCACAUUCCUCCUACAUGUCAUUCCACCUGGAAAUGCUCUAAUGGCCCAUACUACACAGCACAUUCCUCCUACAUGUCAUUCCACCUGCAAAUGCUCUAAUGGCCGAUAUCACACAGCA